AUGUCUCGAACCAGUUUCUCACACAUAAACACACUAAAACUGAACCGGGGUUUUCAUAUUUUGUACCCACAAAAUUGUAUCACUGUUCCUAUUCGAUUUAGGGGGUUUUGUUUUACUUGCUAUGCUUCGGGACCUUCUUCUUCUUCUUCUUCUUCUGUUGUAUUGAGGCGUAGUAGAAAUGGUGCUGCUUCUUCUUCUUCUCUGCCGUAUUUGUAUCAGCGGAAUUUGGGCUAUGGUAGGUUCGCAUACGACGAGUAUGCGUCUGAGGAGGAGUCUGAUAGCGAACCCGAGUCAUCUUCUAAGCAAUUGGGUGCUUCAACCCUUGAAAAUAUUGAAGAGUGGAGGUGGAAGCUCACCAUGUUAAUGCGCAACAAAGAUUCACAGGAAGUCGUGUCACGGGAGAAAAAAGACAGGCGUGAUUUUGGGCAGCUUUCAACACUGGCAACCAGAAUGGAUUUGCACAGCCAGCAGUAUGGAAAGUUUGUUGUUUUCAGUAAAGUCCCACUGCCAAAUUAUAGAUCAGAUUUGGAUGACAAGCGUCCGCAGAGAGAGGUAGUUUUACCGUUUGGGUUGCAAAGGCGGGUAGAUUCUCAUCUCCGAGCACACAUUUCUAGAAAGCCUAUGAACAAGGAGAACUUUCCUCAUGACGCCGUCUCGACAUUAGGUGCUGGUGAGAGUUUUUCGAACAAUGGAGUUUAUGAGCACGAGGAGCCUUCACCUCGAAGUGUCGUAGCAGAGAGAAUUCUUAUGCGGAGGAGCAUGCAAAUGCGCAGUAAACAACAAGAUUGGCAGGAAUCUGCAGAAGGCCAAAAGAUGCAAGAAUGUCGGAAAAGUCUUCCUGCAUAUAAAGAGAGAGAUGCAUUAUUGAGUGUUAUAUCUGAAAAUCAGGUGGUGGUUGUCUCUGGUGAAACUGGUUGUGGUAAAACUACACAACUGCCUCAAUACAUUUUAGAGUCUGCAAUUGAAAACACUCAAGGAGCUGCAUGCAGCAUUAUCUGUACCCAACCUAGACGAAUAUCUGCUAUGGCAGUUGCUGAGAGAGUUGCUGCUGAGCGUGGUGAGAAAAUAGGAGAAUCUGUUGGUUAUAAAGUGCGGUUAGAGGGAAUGAGAGGGAGGGAUACCCGCCUCCUGUUUUGUACUACUGGAAUCCUUUUAAGGAGAUUACUAGUUGACAGAAAUUUGAAAGGUGUAACUCAUGUUAUUGUAGAUGAGAUUCAUGAACGUGGAAUGAAUGAAGACUUCCUAUUAAUUGUCCUGAAAGACCUCCUUCCUCGUCGACCUGAAUUGAGAUUGAUUUUGAUGAGCGCAACACUUAAUGCGGAGCUUUUCUCUUCCUAUUUUGGUGGUGCUCCAAUGAUCCACAUCCCUGGUUUUACAUACCCAGUUCGAAGUCUUUUUUUGGAAAAUAUUCUAGAGAUGACUGGGUACAGGUUAACGCCUUAUAAUCAAAUUGAUAAUUAUGGUCAAGACAAGAUGUGGAAAAUGCAGAAGCAGGGUCUUAGAAAAAGGAAAACUCAAAUUGCUUCAUCUGUUGAGGAUGCUCUUAUGGCUGCCAAUUUUAAGGAGUAUGGUCACCAUACUCGCGAGUCACUAUCUUGUUGGAAUCCUGAUUCGAUUGGCUUCAACCUCAUUGAGCGUGUGCUUUGCCAUAUAUGUCGCAACGAAAGGCCUGGGGCUGUGCUAGUGUUUAUGACUGGUUGGGAUGACAUAAAUUCUUUGAAGGAUCAGCUUCAAGCUCAUCCAUUAUUGGGGGAUCCAAGCAGAGUUCUGCUGCUAGCAUGCCAUGGUUCAAUGGCCAGUACAGAACAGAAAUUGAUUUUCGAUAAGCCUGAAGAUGGAGUCAGGAAGAUCGUUCUGGCUACAAACAUGGCCGAAACAAGUAUCACCAUUAAUGAUGUGGUUUUCGUGGUUGACUGUGGGAAAGCAAAAGAGACAUCUUAUGAUGCCCUAAAUAACACUCCAUGUUUGCUUCCUACCUGGAUUUCAAAGGCUUCUGUUCGCCAGAGGAAAGGCAGGGCAGGCCGUGUUCAGCCAGGCGAGUGUUACCAUCUUUAUCCUAGAUGUGUACAUGAUGCCUUUGCAGAUUAUCAAUUGCCCGAACUUUUGAGAACUCCUUUACAAUCUCUAUGUUUGCAAAUCAAGAGUCUACAACUUGGUAGCAUUUCAGACUUCCUAUCUAAGGCCCUACAGCCACCCGAGCUGCUAUCAGUUCAAAAUGCUGUUGAGUAUUUGAAGAUAAUUGGGGCUUUAGAUGAAAAUGAAAAUCUAACAGUGCUAGGGCGCAACUUGUCCAUGCUUCCUGUUGAACCAAAACUUGGAAAAAUGCUCAUAUUAGGGGCUAUUUUUGGCUGCUUAGAUCCAGUAAUGACCAUUGUUGCUGGUCUAAGUGUCAGAGAUCCAUUCUUGGCACCAUUUGACAAGAAGGACCUUGCCGAUUCUGCAAAGGCCCAGUUUUCUGCACGUGAUUUCAGUGACCAUCUUGCUUUGCUUCGGGCUUACGAGGGUUGGAAAGAUGCUGAAAGUCAUCGUUCUGGUUAUGAAUACUGUUGGAAAAAUUUCCUUUCUGCACAAACUCUAAAAGCCAUUGACUCCCUUAAAAAUCAAUUCUCUUAUCUGCUCAAGGACAUUGGGUUGGUUGAUAAUAUGGAAAGUUGCAACACAUCGAGUCAUGAUGAGCAUCUCAUUCGGGCAAUUGUGUGCGCUGGUCUAUUUCCUGGAGUAUGCUCUGUUGUGAACAAGGAGAAGUCAAUAUCAUUGAAAACAAUGGAGGAUGGUGGAGUACUUAUGUAUUCGAACUCCGUGAAUGCCCAAGAACCUAAAAUUCCUUAUCCGUGGCUUGUUUUCAAUGAAAAAGUGAAAGUAAAUUCAGUAUUCCUCCGUGAUUCUACUGGUGUAUCUGAUUCUGUGGUUCUCUUAUUUGGAGGAAAUAUUUCCAGAGGUGGAGUUGAUGGCCACUUGAAAAUGCUGGACGGAUAUUUGGAGUUUUUCAUGAAGCCUGAUUUGGCAGCAACUUAUCUAACUCUAAAGAAAGAGCUUGAUGAACUCGUACACAAGAAGCUUUUAAAUCUGAAAUUGGAUAUACAGAGUCAGGAUGAACUCCUAACGGCUGUGAGAUUGUUGGUCUCAGAGGACCAAUGCGAAGGUAGGUUUGUAUAUGGACGACAGGUGUCAACAACCUCCAAAAAGACCAAAAAGGAUAUUUCUUUGACAAAUGAUUGUGCUGGUGAUAAUUCAAAAUCCCGCCUCCAAACGUUGCUUGCACGGGCAGGACAUCAAUCACCUACUUACAAAACAGCACAGCUGAAGAACAACAAGUUCAAAUCCACCAUCAUAUUUAAUGGACUAGAUUUUGCGGGCCGGGCUUGCAGUAGUAAGAAAGAAGCAGAAAAAGAUGCAGCUGCAGAGGCUCUGCAAUGGCUGACAGGCGAGAGCCAAUCAUCCCAACAAACCAUCGACUGCAUGUCUACCAUUCUGAAGAAGAGCAAGAAGAAAAAGCAAACUCCUGCUGCAAGGUGGAGGUAG